AAGUAUAAUACUAGAUACCGAGGUUGAAUUCAAGGUAAGUAUGCAUGUAGUUAUCCUUGACCGGGAUGGGAUGGAUCCUCAGCGGUUACGCAAGGUGAAUGGAUGGUGGUGGUGGGCUGGCUGUGCCAUGCGACGGGCUUCGUGAUAGGUAGGAACAAACGUUGCCGUUGCUCUUGUGUUGGAGGGAUGGAUGAUGGAUCAUUAUUUCUCGCACACUCUCUCACUCUCUAUCUCUCUCGGUGAAUGCGAACGCAACCCCCACACCUCACCUGCUCUGGCUUUCCUUGUACCACUACCUCGACAACCUCUCGAGACCUCGACCUCCCCCCUCCGAGAGGUCGAGUCAGUCGUGUUGACGCGGCCUGUUACCCCCCAGGCCUCCCCCAGUGGGCAAUUCUUGCUCCCAUGGCCUUGCUCGGUCGUGAAUGUUGGGCCAAUGCAAAAGAAAUGUGAUGUGAUGUGACGGCACUAUUGACUUUGUUGACGCUGG